AUGGAGAAGAUAGAGCACACAACGAUCUCCACAAACGGGAUCAAAAUGCACGUCGCCUCCAUCGGCACCGGCCCACGCACAAUCCUGUUCGUCCACGGAUUCCCGGAGCUCUGGUACACGUGGCGGCACCAGCUCCUCUCCCUCUCCUCCCUCGGCUACCGCUGCAUCGCCCCGGACCUCCGCGGCUACGGCGACACCGACUCCCCGGGCCCGGCGGCCCAAUACACCUCCUUCCACGUCGUGGGCGAUCUCGUGGGCCUGCUGGACGGGCUGGGGAUCCAGCAAGUCUUCUUAGUGGGCCACGACUGGGGCGCCAUUAUCUCGUGGCACUUCUGCCUGCUUCGGCCCGAUCGGGUCCGGGCCCUGGUCAACACCAGCGUUCCCUUCAGCCUGAAGACCUCGUCGAGGGUGUCGCCGAUGACCGGAGCGAGAUUCGUGCUGGGAGAUGACUUUUACAUGUGCAGGUUCCAGGAGGCCGGAGAAAUGGAGGCUGAGUUCGCCGGGAUGGAUACGGGGAAAGUGUUGAUGAAAUUUCUCGGGUACCGUGACCCGAAGCCGCCUUGCAUACCCAAGGAAACCGGGUUCGUGGGCUUUCCGGAUCCGCCCACUUUGCCUUCCUGGCUCUCACAAGAGGAUGUUGAUUACUAUGCUGCCAAAUUCGACAAGAGCGGCUUCACUGGACCAUUGAACUACUACCGCUCCAUUGAUUUGUUUGUCCCAUUAACCCUUUUUUAUUUCCUUUUUAUUUUAUUUUUUAGGAGAGUAUCAAUCGGGGCAAAAGUGAUGGUGCCGACGAAGUUCAUAGUGGGGGAGCUGGACCUGACAUUGAAGUUCCCUGGAGCGGAGGCGUACAUCAACAAUGGCGGAUUCAAGAAGGAUGUGCCGUUAUUGGAGGACAUAGUUGUGCUGAAAGGCGUUGGUCACUUUCUCAACGAGGAGAAGCCGGAGGAAGUUACGAAACAGAUUCACGAUUUCUUUAACCAGUUUUGA